UGUAUUUCUAUAUGUCCCAAGUAAGGCAAAAAUACAUAAAGUGCGACGAUUUAUUUAGCGAUCACAAACCAUCCUGUUCCUAACAUUUUGACGUCCAUAGUAAAAGAGAAACUAACACCUUGAGAAACUCUCGCUGUUGUAGUUUUUUAUGUAAAGAAGAUGGUCGGUGUACUGAAAGUUGAAAACAUUGAUUACCAUGCAUCCACCAGCGACGUUCGAAGGUUGUUUAAAGACUAUGAUGCACGCCCUGAAGAUAUUCAUAUGACACCAGGUACCAACUGGAAACACGGUGGUAGUGCAUUUGUCAUCUUUCAAGAGCUAAAAGAAGCUGAUAAUGGAUUGAGAGUUAAUGGAGUGAUGUUAAGAGACAAAAAGCUUAUUGUGAGACCAAGUAAUCCUCGUGAAUUUAACAAUUUCUUCCCCGGUGUAUCUAUGAUUACAAAUCAGAAAGGCAUGCCAAGAGGUCGUGGUGGCUUUAGUGGUCGUGGCAGAGGACAGCACAAUGAAGUUGGCUCAAAGCGUCAACAGGAAAGACAAUCUUUUGGAAUUGGUAGAGGCAGUAUAUCCUCAAGAAACGGCAUUGUCAGAGGAGGCAUCCAGCGAAAUAAUAGUUUCCGGGACGAUCAGCGGGAACAAAGAAUUGAGAAAAACGGCAGAAGAGACCGCUCUAGAUCUCCCCUAAGAAAUGACAGAGAUAAUGAAAGAGAUUCAUUCUUAAAGAAUUUUGCAUUUGACAACAGAUCAUCUAAUAACAGAGGCAGGAAAAGUCGAGUUUCCCCGCAACGCAGAGAAAUUCAUAAGAAUGCUGGAAACCCUUCUCAAUUUAACAACCCACUAGAUACAAUUAACGAAAGAAAGUUCGUUAAAGUGUCCGGUUUACCAUUUGAUAUAACAGAAAUUGCAAUAUCUGAUUUUUUCAGACCGAUCUUAACUAGAGAUAUUUUCUUUUUUCGUAAUGUUGGUGGCAGAUUUGCUGGUAAACCUAACGGAAGUGCAAUAGUGGAAUUUUUUACAGAGAAUGAUGGAAGGCAGGCACUGAAAAAUGAUGGUAGAAAGUGUGGCUCAAGACGCGCAGUGAUUGUUCCAGCUGAGAGAAAUGAGAUUUUACGUGCUGUCGAAGGAAACAACAUUAACGGACCACCUGGUGGAGGACAGCAUGUUUCAGGACCAAUGGUCCCUGACAUAUCCACGUUAAAUGCUGUUGCUAAUGCUCAUCCACAAGUACAAAACUUGUUAACACUGUUGACAGCUACAGUAAAUAGUUUGGCUGGUGCUGCCGGUAUGUCAGCCCAGCAGCCACAACAACAUCCACUUCCUGGUAUUAACGAUAGGUCUUACCGAAGUCGCCGUUCAGAUAGACAAAGAGAUGAUCCGGUGAUCAGUCGAGUUGCAAAUAGUGCAAACAUUGACGUCAACGAUAUUAAAAUGGGAAAAGUUGUCGGCAUAAGAAAUUUGCCUUUCUCAGUUACAGCUGAUGAAAUUUUAGAUUUUUUCCGUGGAUAUCAUGCAAUUGCCGAUUCGGUGAGAAUUCAUUACUUGGAAGACGGACGGUGUUCAGGAGACGCGAUUAUAUGUUUUCGUGGUAACAGGGAAGCACGAAACGCUGUUAGCACGCUGAAUAAACGAUCAAUUGGUCGAAGAAAAGUCGAAUUAUUUUUCCUUUGAAAAACAACAAAACUGUGAAAAACGCUUUUAGCUCAAACUGUUUAAACUGUGAUAAAGAUGUUUAUUUUAAAAGGUGUGGAAGCUACGUGAACUGUAUGAUGCUUCAGCUUGUGUGACAACUAUUGUUUUUUUGAUGUAGAUGCACAAGGUGCAGCUUAAUUUCAUUGAUGAUUAAAGUUCUUCUCAGAGUAUUACCUACAAAAAAGGUAAAUGUGGAUAAACUUUUUACAUAAGUUUUUAUCACAGAUUUCUUUUGAAAUAUAUUUGCGAAACCUGU